CUUGAGUUCUGACUGUUUCGGGGAGGGGAGUGUGUGUUUGUGUGUAUUUUAAGAUAGGAGGUGGAGUUUAUAUCGACUUUCUGGAUGACUCAACUGCUUGUAACACAACGGCUGAUUAACUAAAAAGAUUUUUGAAGGAACAAAGGAAGACGCACCACGUAUUUUGGAAAUGGAAGGUGAUACUGUGGAUGCUAAUCCAGAUAUUAAAAGAACACCGGAGAAGCGGAGAGAUGAGCGUAUGCAGGUGGAUGCCAAGUCAGUUCAUGGAGAUUCUUACAGAUAUAAUAUGAAUUACCCAAGCAUCGGCAUGUGCUACAUUAUAAACAACAAGAACUUUGACCCUAAAACAGGAAUGAAUGUUCGAAAUGGAACUGAUGUAGAUGCCGCACAACUGCGUCAAACAUUUAAAAAGCUGGGGUACAAAGUAAAAGUUGAUAAUGACCUUAAAUGUGCAGAGAUUGUAAAUAAUUUAAAAAAAGUGGCUUCGGAAGACCACACGAAUGAGGCCUCUCUUGUCUGUGCACUGCUAAGCCAUGGAGAUGAUGGGAAAAUUUAUGGCACAGAUGGUUUUUUGGACGUUAAAAUCCUAACUGACUUUUUCAAAGGAGAUAAAUGUAGAAGUCUGGUUGGUAAACCUAAACUAUUUUUCAUACAGGCAUGUAGAGGCACAGAGUUGGAUGGAGGAAUUGAAUGUGAUAGUAUGGAAAGUGAUGGUCCUGCCCAAAGGAUUCCUGUGGAGGCAGACUUCUUGUAUGCAUUUUCUACUGCUCCAGGAUAUUAUUCUUGGAGGAACACCACCACUGGCUCAUGGUUUAUACAGUCUUUGUGUGAAAUGCUGAAUAAAUAUGGGAGUGAGCUGGAGCUAAUGCAGAUACUCACUCGUGUUAACAACAGAGUGGCUAUGGAUUUUGAGUCUGCAUCAAACAUUCCUGGCUUCAAUACCAAGAAGCAGAUCCCAUGCAUCAUUUCUAUGCUAACCAAAGAAGUGUAUUUUAGGUUAUAAAAAGUCAUAUAAUGUGUGUGUGUGAUAAGUAUCAUGUUAUACUUGAGGGAUUUUAGUAUUUUUACUUUUUACCCACACUUCCAUUUGAGUCAACACUGAACCUUCUCAUGGAGUUAACUGAAAGAUAUAUUACUUAUAUAUUUUAAGUUUUCCCUAAAUAGUUUAAAAUAACUUUGAGACAUAAACACAACACACAUCUUUAUGGGUGCAAAUGAAUUUGACAAAGUCACUGCUUAAAUUUUAUUUAUUUGAAUAGAACGUGUCUGUUUCAUAUGAAAAUGAAUAUUGAAAUUCAAAUUUGACACUUACUAAAACACUUUGUUUUUAGUAAGGUUCUUUUAUCUUUCUAGUAUUUUAUCUUGUUUAUGAAGCUGACUUAUUUUGAACUAUUCAAAUUUUAAUGCAAGUCUUUAAAGUUCAUUCAAAAUAUAUUGAACUAUUUGCAGUGUUGAAUGGUCAUGGGAUGUUGGUAGGGGUUACAUAGGAUAAUCGUCUCCUGAUGUGUGUUCUCCUUAAAAGUUUCUGUGCCACAAAGUUUGCUUACUAAACCCUACUGGAAGAAAGUUUAAAGUUUCCUUGAAAACUGCAGUACAUUCUGAAACCGGCGUAAUCCAUUUCAGAGUUGAAGUGUGCUGGAGUUUAUCAUGGCAGCUUCUAACAAAAACCAGGAACCAGGGAGUGGGUGAAAACUCCAUAGCCAGCAACCAGGUGAACUAUUCAAAACUAGGAUGCUGGUGCUAACCACUGUAUUCCUUUAGUAUUGAAUCGGUACUAAAAUUUUGAUUUUGGACUUCAGUACCAGUACAAAACUGUUCUAAACAAAAUAACGGAUAACUCCCAAACCCGUUGUCUUAUUCAAGCCUCCCUGGUGGGCUUCGCCAUCUCUCAUCACUACACCCAGCUUCCCACUUGAUACCCAUGAACUUCCAGUUGUGUUGAUGUGUGUAGUUCUGUUUCAUAUCUACAAAAGGAAUGUUUUUCCACAACUGCAAUAGCAGGUGCCCCAGGAUUAGGAGUGGAAGCUAAGAGGAAAGCUGACAUUUACUUCCUGUACCGAAUAACCCAAAAUGCUGAUACUAUACCAUUUUGAAAUUUGGGUUUUUUCGGUACUGUGCCACCUUAGUCCCCAUGCUACAACCCCUAUAAACAUUGAGGUAUGUUAUGCCAGACAUGUUCUCCGAUAUCAAUGUUUAAUGGCCGUACACAUUAUUUCUGGUGUUUUUCUUUAGUGUACUGUAAUUAAUCUUGGUUUAUUUGUAGCAGUAUCACAUAUGUUUUUUUUUCCUCUAUUGUUUGAUUUUUGCGAAUCCUUUUUAGAUGAGUAUAUGCCAUCUAAAAAUGUUGACAUGCAGGUGUCUUUUGAUAAUUUUUGUAAUCUGCACACUGUUUCUACAAAUCUACAAGUUUCCUCCAUGUAAAAGGCAAGGAUUAGUUUGACUUAACAAUUGGGGUGUCAAUAUCAAAUAUUUGGCAUUGGAUAAAGUGUGUUUUUUAUAAAUCUUUUUGGACAUUUUGUUAUCCAUGCUUUGAGUCUUUUAAGUAACUAUAAAUUUAGAUGCUUGGAAUGGCAGAAUGUGACUCAGGUGCUUGAUAUCAGCUGAACAUCUCUUUAAGAGUUAAAUUGUAACAAUAAGGUGUUGUUUAGUCUUCAGGAAAACAUCAAGUUGCCAGAGUUGUUCGUGUUUACUCUUGACACCAUGUACACAGUGUUGCAACAAUUACUAUUACUGAAAACAAUGUGUGCUAUGUGAUAGGCUUACCAAGCUCUUUUAACAUACUCAGGGAGCAACAUGAAUAAUCAGCUGUUGCAGAGUCAUUUAAUGACAAAUAUUCUUGAAUCAAAGCAUAUGAAAUCAGUGACCCAGCUGUUUUACUUGAUAAAUCAUGCAGUGAUAUUUAGUGACAAUCAUCAGUUAAGAAGAAUUGUCUUGUAUGUUUCAGAAUCAGUGAUGCAUGCAUUUUUGUCUAUUAAGAUGACUAAUGAUGUUUUGCUUUUCUUUUUUAAGAGUUGAUCCUAUUCAUAUUGUAGAAGCUUUAAAUAACAGAUUUUGAGUGAAUAUGUAAAUGGAUUGUGACUACUUUAAUAUCAUUUGCAUGUGCGCUAAAAACAAAUAAUGCAUACAUCUCUUUAUUUUAUGACCUUUUUAUCCCAUUACCAAAAGUUAUAAAUUUCAGCAUUUGGUGUGUAGUGCAGACCAACCCUGCAGCUUCAUUCCAUUACUGAGCAGAUUCACCCACAUUUGCUCAUUUUCAGGCUGUUUUCUCACUCAAAGAGAAGAAGUAGAUUUGUAAAUUUUUACAUAUGAUGCUUUGAUUCCUAGGGUUACUUAUGCCGUAGUUGUAAAAAAAAAAAAAAAAAAAAAGCUACACCAAC